AUGCAAAUACGCGCAUCAAAGUUGAAGGAGAUGCAUCCAUCACCACCCAGGGCCUCCAAGUCACACCGGGCUUCUGGAGAUUUAGCUGAUUUUACCACCACUUUCACUUUCAUCAUCGACUCAGAAGGUAACAGUACUUAUGCUGACGGCCUGGCCUUUUUCUUGGCCGAUUUUUCCACCCCAUUGAACAGAACGCUCACUCGCGGCGGCGGCCUUGCGCUAAUGAAUGAGUUUAUACCAAAAUCUCCAGAUCCUUUCGUUGCUGUGGUGUUUGAUACCUAUUCACACCCGCAUCACCGCCCCAUGACGAACGUAAGUAUCAACAUCAGAUCUGUGGUAAAACCUGUUAAUAUCACGCCAUGGUUCAACAAUGUUACACAGGGGGUGGAAAAUAACGCUUCCAUAACUUAUAAUGCUACUUCCAAGAUUCUCCAAGUUGUUUUUACAGGAUUCUGGAAUGGCCAGCACUUGACAGACAGCUUAGCUAUGCGGAAGUUUUGA